UUGUUCUUUCCUUCUUCUAGUGAGAAGAGGAGGAGGGGGAGAAGCUUUGGAUCAUCUUUUCGCGCCAUUUUCUUCAAAGCGGCGCAUUCCCCCCUAUUUUACAGAGUUGAAGAGUUAUUUUCCUCUCCACCAAGUCUUUAUGUAAAUAUAGUCUAUCGAAUAUUAUUGCCUUUUUUUUCUUCCUUUCUUUCUCACCACCAUUGUGUCGGCGAGGUUUCUAAUUGCUCCAGUCUCACCACAAAUUCAUCAUGGCCAAAGUUAACAUUAGCAAUGUGGUCGUCCUAGAUAAUCCUUCACCUUUUUUGAAUCCGUUCCAAUUCGAAAUCACGUUUGAGUGUUUGGAAGACUUGCCAGAAGAUCUUGAGUGGAAAAUCAUCUAUGUUGGCUCUGCAGAAAGCAUGGACUAUGACCAAGUGCUCGAUUCAGUUCUUGUUGGACCUGUUCCUGGUGGACGACACAUGUUUGUGUUUCAAGCUGGGCCACCAGACACUAGUAAAAUUCCAAUAGCUGAUGCAGUUGGUGUAACUGUUGUGUUGCUGACCUGUUCAUACAAAAGUAAGGAAUUUAUCCGGGUUGGUUACUAUGUUAAUAAUGAAUACAGCGAUCCUGAGCUGAAAGAAACACCUCCAGACAUGCCAGUCUAUGAUAAGUUACAACGUAAUAUUUUGGCAACAUGUCCAAGGGUGACCCGGUUCAAGAUUGACUGGGAUGACAAUCAAGACAGUGAGAAUAUUCCUCCUAUGCAGAACACAGACACCGAAUCCAAUCAAAUGUACGACGAGAAGUCAAAUGAUGAACUCUUGAAACCCAUGCCAGGUUUCCAUGACGAUAGUAAUAGUAUGAGAAUGGAGACAGAGUUAGUGACAUAGUCUGUUACUGUUUUCCUCUCUGUCUUCAUCCUACCUCAUCCUCCAUUUCUUUUGCAGGUUUUAACAAUUUUUUUUUUUUCCUUCAACUUCUUGAAAGUUAAAAUUCUUUCCAAUUCCAUCAGUGCCAAAUGUGUGUCCAUUUAAUGCCUCACCGAAAAGUAAUACCUGGGGUUUAGUUAAAUGACUCUAGCUGCCAUCCUCCUUGUGUUAAUCAUCAAGUAUUUUUGAUUUCAGUAUUGGUUCAAGCAUAAACUUUUGUAUCUUCUUGAUGUUGAUAUAGUUUGGUGCAACACUUCAAAGUACAUCUGUCUCUCUCUCUCUCUCUCUCUCUUUCCAUCUUCAUUUUCUAUUCAUUGUUAACAUAACGAACAAAUUUGAGCAGUCAGUUAAUACAUAAGUCAUUUAGAUGCACCUUUCACUUAUAAUCCUUGCUUGUCUCAAUUUUGUUUUACAUACUUCUGUAAUAGAAUGAAAUGCUAAAAUGCUUAAGUUGGUUGAUAGAUACUGUGUUCUUCAACUAAAUUUCCCUAAUUGUGGCCCAUACUAGAGCUGUUAUAUUUCUCAUCUAAUCACUAAAAAAACUAUCAAAUGGGGUGAGUUUGUUGCAUUUGCAAUUGUUUACAUUGAUAUAUUGACAAUUUAGGUCUUUAUAUUGUUUAAAUAAUUUGUAACUUUGUGUUCCACAACAUGCAUACGUCACAUAUUCUGCCUUUUGUAGGUUCCACUCUGUUGUCACUCAGGACAUGUAUAUUUUUAUACACAUAAUUUAUGUCCAGCCUGAGGGGUAUGAUGAUGAUGAUAUAUAUCAGUUUGAUUUUGAAGUUCGCUUUGCAAUCACAAUGUUUCCAGGUUCAAUCCCACUGCAUGGCUGUGGUUGGUCAAAAUCUUGAGAUUGGCAGUCUGUUGGAUGCAUGGUAUUCAUGAAUCAGAAGCCUGAUCUUGUCAUUUACAGUACCAUGCAGAUUCUGCCUGAGGGUUACAAAUGUCUGUGAAAUACUCAAUUACUUAAAUUUUAAGUAGGUUGUUCAAUUAAUGCAAGUUUACUUUGGGGUGGAGUGUCAUUUUUGCAUUUGUGUAAGAAUGAGAAGGCUUUUCUCGGUUGUUAAAUUUUGCCAUAUGAUUGAGUUACUUAGUCUCUUAACUAACUUUUUGUGUCAAGUCUUAAUUAUAUGUAUAUAUAGUGUCAAACUAAGAUCUAAAUCUACACACUUGUAGUACUUGAUUACUUUAACCUGUAGACAUGCAGUGGGAUUACAUCUUUAAUAUAUUGGUUAGGAAUAAAGUAAGAAUUUAUGAACACACAGUUAUAUUGUAAGGAAUAAAGUAAAAUUUUAUGUAGUUAUCACAUAUGAUAUAAUUACAUUAAAUAUUUGUUAACAUCAGUUUCUGUUUAAGGUUUAUUCUUAAUAGAAUAUUAAUGGUACUUAUGUUAUUGACCUUGUAUCAAAUGAAAGCAAUUAGGCUUAGAUGGAUUUAAACUUUGGUGUGGUCUGGUGCACUAGAAAGAUGCUUUUUUUUUUCUGGUCCAUGUCAAAUGCGUACUGUUACUUAAGUACUAAGAUGUUCAAUUCAAGUCAAAGUAAUACAUGUCUCUUUCAGAGUCCUUUUACUACUACCAACUGCAGUAAGGCUGCUUUGUCAGUGUGCCAUCAAACUUGUUAAAGUUUGAGGUGUGUCUUGUCCUAUACUUGUUUCUUGGUACAAGACUGUCUUUUUAGUCACAGCAGCUAGAGGGCAGCAACCUAAUAUACCUUAGUGAAAAUGUUUAUCUUCAAGAAAUAUUUUUGUGCAUCUAAUUUCAGUUUUGUAAAUUAUAAUUAUGGAAUCUACCAUCUUGUUUUUUAUUUUUAGAUAAUGAGCAAUUUGUUGCAAAAUAUAGUUGAUCAGAAUGCAUGCAUGUUUAAAUUACAGAAUCAUUGACUUCAUAUAUUGUGAAAAUAGCUUUUAAAGAAGGGAAGGGUGGGGGUGGGGUCAGUGAUUAAAAUUUUUAAACCAGCUGUUGGAGUUUUAAUGUAAUUCUAAUUUUAUUUUUCUCUCAUCUGUCAUUAAGGAUUAGUGAGGUUGUGGGGUUAAGAUGUUCAACUAUUAUUGAUUCAUAUGGUUCCGAUUUCAAUCCUGGCUAUAGCCAUUGUGUUGUUGAAACAAAUUACUGAUUUGCUCUGAUUUGUAACCAUAGCCAACUGUAUUUAUUAUGGACAUGCCAUCUCUGAAAUAUGGAAGUUCAGUGUGUGGUCUUCAUUUAUAAACUACAGUACCUGUUGUGGAGAUCUAGCUGUUAUACCAGCAAUAACUGUUUAGAAACCCCUCUUUGUCAGCCAUUGUAUCACAACUCAAGGCUUGUAUUAACUAGCAACAGUAAUACUGAAGAAUUCUGACUGUUUUAGCUAAGUGCAAAUAUUUAAACUUACAAAGCUUUUUCACUGAAGCAAAAGUAGUAAAAUGGGCAUGAAAUGGUGGAGAGGUGUAUUAUAUAAAAACACACACACACAUAUUAUUGCAAAUAACUCUAAUUACGUCUGCAAGUGUGAAUGUUUUGUAGUGGGUAAAAUAGUUAACAAAUAAUUGGACCAAGUUUAUGUGGUGAGUGUGUUGAAAACAUAGUGGUAUUUCUUAAAAAGACACUCCUAGUUAUCUGGCCUUAGCUGAACUAAAGAUGGAACCUUUGUUUGGGUGCUCAACUAGUUAAAAACAAUUAAAUAUCACUUGAAUCCUACCAUAUCAUUUUAGAAAAGUAAAUACGCAGUAAGUAGUGUAGCCCCCUCAUAUACAAAAAGAUGGGUUGUUCAUUGCUAGAACAUCUUUGUCCAUAAGUUUGCUCAAUCAGGACUGUCCCUGGGCUAAAUAUCAUAUAGUUUCAGUUGAAGCAAGAAAGGAACUUCUAACUUGCUAGAAGUAGCCAUAUUUAUGAAAUGCUAAGUAGAAGGUUGGGAUACCCUUAAAACAAAGAUCUGCAUGGUUUAGGUUGACUUCAGCUAAUGGUUGCUACUAGCUUCAGUUUAUCUAGAGAAUAACUCCCUGGUUAUUUGGAGAAGCUAUUUACAGUUGAUUAAUUAGCCUGUUUAUGAUUCACACUGAGUUGAACAUUACGGUGAACUAAACAGCAGAAAGUCUUCAGAGACCCCAUGCGAGUGUUUUGACCCUUAAUCCUUUACAUUGUAGAGGGAUAAGUCACAUUCAGGUCGAUACUCCAGGAUACCCUUUGACUUUCUGUAUCAAUGUAGCCCUCCAGAUGGUUAGGGUGCCCCAGAUCCAAACAUUGGUGUUGCAAACAGUUUAUAUGAAGAUGCCAGUUGACUCUUUGGUGAAUUAUGCCUUUUGAAAUUCUCUUCUAUUCUUCCUUGACCAGAUCCACUUGGAACUGUAUUUAAUUACUUCUUUCUCCCAGAAAUUAAGAGCUGCUUCUUGAGACCAUUUGCAGAUUUACUCACAAACCCUCUUGCACCACUUCUGUGGUGAGUACUUGAAAAAGCAAUUACAUUGCAGUCCUUUUAUAAAAUACUGAUGAUUAACAAAGCUUGAUGUAGGUGUGAAGAAUGAAAUUUCAACCAAGGUGCAUUUGAUUUACUGAUUUUUAUUUUAAUGGUUUUAUGAAAAAUGGUGGGGUUUUUUUUAAUAACCUGUUGGCUCUCACAUGAGCUAUGAAAAUUUUGUUGCGUUUUGUUAUUUUUUUUUCUGUGAUCCUUUUGGGCUGGCACACUGAUCACUUGGGUGAUAUGAUUAUGGUACACUAGAACAUUGUUUCCUAUAUUUUAUAAUUUUUUCUCCUCCACAUCACACUAAGUUAGUAAAAUUUUAAUUUGCAAAACAGAAGGUUCUGAACGAUCUACCGGUGGCUCAUGGGUGAAAAAAAAACCCACUGUCUGUGUCUUCCCCUACCUCACACGUAUAGUGCAAAAAUGUGGCGCUCAUAUUGAAAUUAAAAUAUAUUGAGAUCUUUGGAUAUAAAACGAGGCUUGAGAGCCAAUGUGUUGAUCUCUUCAUGCAAUUUUCACAUCUCGACAGUUAAAAAUUACCAAUUAAUUCCAAAUAUUAUUAUUUUUUUUUUAAUAGAAAGACCAACCAUAGGGCCAUGUCUAGAUGAUACUUUUAUGCUAUGGAUGCAGUUCCCCCCCCCCCCCCAAAGGAUGCAGUCCAGAUUUUUAUGGACUACUGAAUGGGAUUAGGUUUGAAGAUGGGCUCAGCUGGUUUAUACCAAAUGAAAUAUUACUGGGAUGAGAAUGAAAAAGUAUUCUGCAAUUUUCAUUUCAUGAGAGUUACUGUACAACCACUAUCCAUUUUCAUAUGUAUAUACACACUUGGAGCUGAUUAUUCACUUUGUUACUUAUUAGUUUGUUGUGUUAAGAAUCACAAGAUGUGAAACUGAAAAGUGGUGACUUGAAUCAUCAGCUUUUCACAAAUUGACUCUACAUCGUGCAUAGAGUACUAUACAUAUAUGUAUCUUAGAUAAUUUCCCCCACUCUCUUUCUAUGUAUACCUUGGUCUUGGGAGCAAUUAUAAUUAUUUUUACAUCCUCUUGACCCCUAAAUCAUAAAUGGUAGAACCCGUUUUAUAUCAGUCAAAUAAUCUGGGCUAAGCAGAGUUACGUACCUUGCUCAUUGCAGCACAACAUGAUGGUUUGUGUAGUAGCAACAAGGUUUGAACUCCUUACCUUGUGGUUCAAUACUCUUAGCACCUUAACAUCACUACAUUGAUGAGGAUGGUUUCAAAGUUAUGCAAAAAAACCAUGGAGUACACACAAUACCUAAAUAUUGUGUCCUAUUUCUAAUUAUAAAAUAUUCUAUUGCCACAACUCCCUCAUUUAACAAUGAUGACCAUCACCAUUAUAUCACUUAGUUAUUCCUCAUGUUUUUACAACUAUAUUUCACCUGGCUAUUAUUUGUAUAUUUUCACAAUUGUAUAUGUCUUGAAACUAUUGUGUGUGCGUGUUUUUUUUUUACUCCUAUUUUAAAAUUUCAUUUUAAAAUAUUCUGACAUAUAUCUUUAAAUAUGCUGCUUUCUGAAGCAGCUUUUAAAUUUAGUCAGAUUGUAAGAGGUGGACAUUCUCAUUUGUGGUUUGAAAACUUCAUUGCAUAAUCUAUAGGCAAUAAGGUCUGUCACUGUUCUUCUCAAUGACUCUCCUCUCUCUCUCUCUGUUUCUCAUACAGCCACACGCACAUUAACAUAAUGAACUUGGUUUAUAAUUUGCAUGUGUGUGUCUUUGUUAUACUAUAUUUCCUUGUCUUAAAAAUAGUUGAAGUUCUGAGGUGGUUUAAAUAAUCCUGUCUUUGGAGACAAGGGAGGUGUCGUUUUUAUAGUGAACCUUACCUUGCUGGUUCACUGUUGUGGCUUCUGUUUCGUUAAUGUGAACAUUUAUUUAUGUAAAAUAUGUAAAUAAAAUUC